AUGUCUAUAUGUCGGCUGCUUUCGGUAUUGCUGGUGGUCUUUUUCACCAGCAUCGCUUCAAACGCUGCCGUUGUGCGUGACACUCCCGCUGGUACUAUCUCAUCUCCGGCGGAUGACACGACCAUUGCACCUGGGGCGUCGUUUGAUUUCCAUUACAACACUAGAGCUGAUUAUGGAGUAUCGAGCUACAACUUUACCGUGUGGUUGUGGUCUAAUGUUUCUUUGACCAUGGCUUCCCCGGGCCAGCUCGCAACUGGUCACUAUUUCGGUCGUUUCUCUGAGGAAAAUUAUCCAGGCACGAAUGUAGUCAUUUUUUGGAUUCAUGAUAAUCCAGUACCUGCUCAGUUAGUCAUGCCAGACUUGGCAAUUUCUCCUGGUGGUUUCGGUGCUGGCGCCAAUGGAACAAAUGCCAUUUUUUACAUUGUUGUAAUAGAGGAGUGGGCUUCUGGGGAGGCGGCUCUGGGAACAAGAUUUAGCACCGCAUCCAAUCGAAUCAUGUACAAUUCAAGUUCGAGAGUCUAA